AAAGAAGACCCAGAAAUUCAGAGCCAACAAAAAAAACCCAUCAAACAUAUAUACAAAGCGAAUUCUUCAAAGAAGAUCGUCUAUAAAUUAUCUGCAAAAAGUGACGUGAAGAAGACAAGAAGAACAUGAAGCAAAAGAUCCUGAUAAGAGUUACUAUGACUGAUGAUAAAACCAGAGCAAAAGCAAUGAAAACUGCCGCUCAGUUCAAAGGAGUCUCGGCUGUGGAAAUAAAGGGAGAUCACAGGAACCAGAUCGAGGUGACCGGUGUUGAAGUCAAUAUGAUCUGUCUAACCAACACACUGAGGAAGAAGGUAGCCUUCGCUGAGCUUGUAAGCGUAAACAAAGUCGAACCACCCAAGAAACCAGAGGACGACAAGAAGAAGGAUGAAAAGAAACCUGAUGAGAAGAAAGCCGACGAGAAGAAGACAGAUGAGAAAAAGCCAGAGCCAUGUUGUUGUUGUUGUCAUCCAAAAAAACCAGAGGAGAAAAAAGCUGAGGAGAAAAAGCCAGAGCCAUGUUCUUGUUGUUGUAAUCCAUGUUAUCCACCAUGGCCUUAUGGAUCAUAUGGUGUGCCAUCUUCCUUUCCCCACCCGUGUGAUCCCUACGGGUAUAAUGGGGAACCUUUCUACAGCUACGGACCCAAUUGGAGGUUCAUGUGAGGAGACUAAAACGGAAGAGAUCUAAAAGCUUUUCUAUACUUAUGCGUUUUGAUAAUCAGAUUUGUCACAUGAAUAAUAACCCUUGUACUCCAAACCAUGCAAAUUCUAUAUAUACUUGUACAUGCUCUUAUGAAAUGAAAAGCUAAAUCUUCUUUAUCCAUUAAG